CUACAAUUACCCCUCCACCAACCUGAUUCUUCCUACUCUUUGCUCGUACAUGAUCAAGAGUAUGUUUCACUACAUCGCCUGGAUCUCUUGAAUUUCUCUUCCUUGACUUUGCAGGGACAGUGCAGACUUGGUGGCCAACGAGGCUCAAGACCCCUCCGACUGACAUCACCCCGCCUUCAAUAUGUCAAACCGUCGGGUCAAAUCCCUCGCGCUCGACGAGGACGACUACGACGACUACGACGAAGAUGAAGAAUACUAUGACCAGGAGGCUACUGGCGACAAUGAAUUGUCUCCCGAAGACCAAGAACAACUGCGGCAAGGCACCGUCAAAGUUCGUCAAGCGUUGGGCCCUGGGUUCCCAGCAUCUGACAAAGAGAUCCAAGAUGCCUUAUGGAAUUACUAUUAUGAUGUCAGCAAGUCAGUUUCGUACUUGAAAAAUCAGCACAAACCUCCCGUCAACAAGACUCCGAGCAAGCAAACAUCACUUACACCAUCCAAAAGUAAGUCUUCCAUUUCUAUUUAAAUGCGUUCCUAUCUGGUGAUGGCCUCCUCGUCUUUGGCGUUUCAUGCCAACUUGCAACGGACCAUUUCGGGCAUGGCAUCUGAUGAGCACAAGAUUCCAUCAUUCCAGAUAUCUGUUCAGGACCCUUUUCCGCUGCCGACUUUUUUAAAGACUGUCCUUGGCUUCAUGUACCCGAACACCGCAAGGCUGAUAUCAUCAUUGAGCCGCUUUAUCCCCGGUUUGGUCUUUUGGGAGGCGCCUCUAAGCCGGGAAAGAUGUCCAAACUCGCAGCCCUUGCUGCCAAACGAAGACAACAGGGAAAUGAUCAGUCUGCCACGUCUUCCAAUGACCCAGAGUCCCCCGCGUCACAAGACUACACUACAAGCUUACAGAAGCUGAAAAUCUCACAGCCGCGGUCAAAAACAGCCAGCGCCAUGACGAUUUCGCCAGGCGGAGACGAGGCAGAUGUCAAGAACCCAUCCGGUGACAGCAGCCAAACCAAAUCAUCGAAAGACUCUGCCGACACUAUCACUCAAACCCCAAUAGAUAUAUCUGCUCUGGUCGAAUCUGAUGUCCGCGGGAAGCCAUCGCCAUUUGCAAACAUCAUAAUUAGCCAUGAGAAACAUGGGCAAAAUCCACCUCUAUUUAGCUUCACCUCGAGCGAGAUGCUCCCGUCUGGCUUUGACUUUACACAGCCGAGUCCGGAUGACAUCGUCACCACGGCCCAGAAUGUGAAAGGUCGGAAUUGAGAUUUGAGUCUGCUUUUGGCCGUUGUUGGUUACAGCGGAGAAGCUAACACAUAUCUGUUUUGCAGCUCCGUCCUCAGCGAAGCCCAAGGGAAAAGAUAAACCCAACCCCAAACCAGACGUUGCCAGUGGUGUCCAAGAGCUAUCGAUACAAGACCUACCCAAAGUCAAGAGCAAAAACAUAGAUGUCAUUUCCGAGUAUAACAAGGUGAAACGGAAGAAUGCAGCCAACUUUGUUGUUAUUGGACACGUUGAUGCGGGUAAGAGCACUCUCAUGGGCAGAUUACUCUACGACUUGAAGGCAGUGGAUCAACGUACCAUGGACAAAUAUCAGAAAGAAGCCGAUCGCAUUGGAAAAGGUUCGUUUGCCUUUGCUUGGGUGCUAGAUCAAGGCACAGAGGAAAGAGCACGAGGCGUGACGAUUGACAUCGCUACCAACAAGUUCGAGACCGAGAAAACAAGCUUCACCAUCCUUGACGCUCCAGGACACAAGGACUUUGUCCCCAACAUGAUCGCCGGUGCCAGUCAGGCGGAUUUCGCCGUCCUUGUCAUCGACGCCUCCACGGGGAACUUCGAGUCUGGACUCAAAGGCCAGACCAAGGAACACGCACUACUAGUACGAUCCAUUGGAGUACAGAGGAUCCUUGUCGCCGUCAACAAGAUGGAUGUUGCAGAUUGGUCAGAAGAACGAUUCACCGAAAUUCGACAACAAGUAGCAGCGUUCCUGGGCGUGGCAGGAUUCCAGCCCAAGAACGUCUCGUUCAUCCCCUGCUCAGGUCUUGAAGGUGGAAAUAUCCUCCGACGAACCUCUGACCCAAGAGCAUCCUGGUACCAAGGUCCAACGUUAGUCGAGGAUUUGGACAAGUCAGAACCCACCACCUUCGCACUGGAUAAACCGUUACGAAUGACCAUCAGCGACGUAUUCCGUGGCGGUGUGCAAAACCCACUCUCAGUUUCCGGCCGUCUGGAAGCAGGCACCGUUCAAAUCGGCGAACAAAUUAUCAUCAUGCCGAGUGGAGAAUCUGCAUCGAUCCGAAGUCUAGAAGUCGACGACGAACCUUUGGAGUGGGCAGUCGCAGGUCAAAACGUCGUCCUACACCUAACGGACGUCGACCCCAUCCAUCUCAAGACUGGAGACGUACUGUGCGGCUUAACAUCCCCAAUCAAGAACAUCACCGAAUUCACGGCCAAGAUGCUGGCUUUUGACCACCUCACCCCCAUGAUCAUGGAUGUACAUAAGGGCCGACUUCACAUUCCCGGUCGAAUUACUCAAUUGAUCGGUACACUUGACAAGUCUAGUGGCGCGGUGUUGAAAAAGAAACCCAAGAUCGUCCAACCAGGGAGUGUGGUUCGGCUGGUUGUAAAACUCGACCAACCCACGCCUCUCGAGGCUCCUGCGAGGAUUGUCUUCCGUGCCAACGGAGAGACAAUUGCUGCUGGGUUGAUUGAAUAAAGACAUGGUCAUGAUGAGGUUUUGUCAUCGAACAAAAGUCGAUAGAUAGACAGAUAGAUACCCAGUCAUCGAAAUCCAGUCCUUGUUUGGACUAGCCAUGAAGAGUGAGUGAUCCUUUAGGACGUCAUGUUGAAAUGAUUGAUGAAUUGGAUCGUUAAGGUACAUCAGAUGUUGGACAUGGAGCGCAACCAUGCCAGUUGUCUCCUUCCUCCCCUCCAUGCAUUUCCAUACAGCAUCUGAAUUGAACCUACGAAAUGGACAUUGGCUUGGUAUUCCGAACAACAUUUUUGGUAUCUAGACAUUCUACCAUCUAAUUCCUGAU